AUGCAUCUGGAAACUAGAAGGGCUAUUUUUGUUUUUUGGGUUUUUCUCCAAGUUCAAGGAACCAAAGAUAUCUCCAUUAAAAUACAUCAUUCUGAAACUAAAGACAUAGACAAUGCCUCAAGAAUCAAAACAACUGAAAGUACUGCAAAAAUGUACAAAGCAUCAACCAUGAGACGAAUAUUUGAUUUGGUAAAGCAUCGAACAAAAAGAUCGGCAUUUUUCCCAACUGGGGUUAAAAUCUGUCCUCAGGAAUCCAUGAAACAGAUUUUGGCCAGUCUUCAAGCUUAUUACAGAUUGCGAGUGUGUCAGGAAGCAGUGUGGGAAGCAUAUCGUAUUUUUCUGGAUCGUAUCCCUGACACAAGAGAAUACCAAGACUGGGUCAGCAGCUGCCAGCAGGAGACCUUCUGCCUCUUUGACAUUGGGAAAAACUUCAGCAGCUCCCAGGAGCACCUGGAUCUUCUUCGGCAGAGAAUGAAACAGAGAAGCUUCCUGGAGAGAAAAGAUGAAAUAUCUACAGAGGAGCCAUUGGGAGAGGCUGGUGAAACCCCUGUGUUUUCAACAGAUGUUGCCAGUGUCUCAUUGGGGCCCUUCCCUCUCACUCCUGAUGACACACUCCUCAACGAAAUUCUCAAUAAUACCCUCUACAACACCAAGAUGCCUGCAACAGAAAGACAAACAGAAUUCACUGUGUCCGAGCACCCACUGGAGCAGAAGGUGGAUCUCAGCAUCUCUCUGGCAAACCAGAGGUUCAAGGCAGAGCUCACGGACUCCCAGUCCCCAUAUUACCAGGAGCUAGCAGGAAAGUCUCAACUUCAGAUGCAAAAGGCAUUUAAGAAAGUUCCGGGAUUCAAAGAAAUCCAUGUGUUAGGAUUUAGACCAAAGAAAGAAAGAGAUGGUUCAAGCUCUACGGAGAUGCAACUUACAGCCAUCUUCAAGAGAGACCGCACAGAAGCAAAAAGCCCUGCAAGCGACCUCCUGUCUUUUGAUUCCAACAAAAUUGAAAGUGAAGGAGCCCAUCAGGGAACCAUGGAAGAAGAUAAGCAACCAGAAAUCUAUGUGACAGCUGCAGAUCUCAGAAAGCUGAUCAGCAGAGUACUAGAGGAAGACCAAUCCUUGAAUGUGGGGACAAUUCAGUUCACUGAUGAAAUUAUUGGGUCACUGCCAGGCUCCGAUUCUGACACCCAAUCAGGGCUGCCUACGCCCCUUGCUGAUAUCACAAAGGAUGCUACUUUUAGUCCAGAACUUCCUCUUGGUGAGCCCAGGCUUGAGACAGUGGACAGAGCAGAGCAUGGCCCACCUGACAGUUCUUGGUCUCCACCUGCUACAGCCUCUACCUCCCUAUCAGAAACUCCACCUUUCUUUGCUGCAUCGAGCAUCUUCUCUUUGACUGAUCAAAGCACCAGAGACAUAAUGUCCAUUGACCAGACAAUACUAGUCCCAGGGCUCACCAUCCCCACCAAAGACUAUUCUGCCAUCAGCCAGUUGGCUCCGGAAAUUUCACAUUCGCCUGGAUCUUCAGAUGACAGCAGGUUGCGUACAGGCAGCCAAGAUAUGGUCAGAGACCUGGAUGGAAUGGAUCUGUCUAACUCUCCUGCCUCGUCUGAGAUACCAGGACUCAGAGGAUACAUUUCUACCUCAGAUAGAUUCUUGGAGAAUACCACUCCCGUCCCAGCUUUACAGUACAUCACCACUAGCACUAUGACCAUUGCCACCAAGGGCCACGAGCUGGUGGUGUUCUUCAGUCUGCGUGUUGCUAACGUGCCCUUCUCCAACAACCUGUUCAACAAGAGCACCCCGGAGUACCAGACUCUGGAGCAACGGUUCACACAGCUGCUGGUUCCAUAUCUACGCUCCAAUCUUACAGGAUUUAAGCAACUUGAAAUACUUAACUUCAGAAACGGGAGUGUGAUCGUGAAUAGCAAAAUGAAGUUUGCUAAGUCAGUGCCGUAUAACCUCACCGAGGCUGUGCAUGAGGUCUUGGAGGAUUUUCGUUCCACCGCAGCCCAACAACUUGAUCUAGAAAUAGACCACAACUCUCUCGACAUUGAACCAGCUGAUCAAGCAGAUCCCUGCAAAUUCCUGGCCUGCGGUGAAUUUGCCCAGUGCGUAAAGAAUGAGUGGACAGAGGAAGCGGAAUGUCGCUGCAGACCCGGAUAUGACAGCCAGGGGGGCCUGGACCACCAGAACCCAGGCCUCUGUGCCCCUGGAGAGGAAUGUGAGGUUAUCCAGGGAAAGGGAGCUCCAUGCAGGUAGCCUUGUCACUCUAAAAAUCAAUCAUAUGAAAUUAGUGUUAUAAAGUUCCAACAUCAACAAAAUCACAAGCUAAACAGGAAAAGAAAUUCUGAAUUACUGACUGUAGGAUAUGAAGAAUUUAACCAUCAAGACUGGGAAGGAAAUUAA